CGCCCCUCGCGGCGGGCGGUGCGGCAGGCCCGGCAGUCGGCGGCCGGCGCCGAGCGGGGCGGGAUGUCCCGGUCCGAGGCACUGCGGGGAGCGUUCUCCGCGUCCUCCGCCAUGGCGCGGCUGCUGCUCCUCCUGUGCGCCGCAUCGGGCUUGCUGCUGGCGGCCGUGGCGGCCAUCCCGCCGCCGGAGGAGGCGGCGCGCAUGGCGCGCUACGUGCUGCACAGCUGCGACUGGGGCGCGCUGGCCACGCUGUCGGCGCAGGAGGGGCUGCGCGGCCGCCCCUUCGCCAACAUCUUCUCCCUCAGCGACGGCCCGCCCGGGCCCUGCGGCGGCAGCGGCGUGCCCUACCUGUACCUGACCGACAUGGAGAUCUCCGUGCAGGACCUGGAGGUCAAUUCAAAUGCCUCCUUGACUGUGUCUUUGGCACAGACUCCUUACUGCAGGAAGCACAGAUAUGACCCCCAGAACCCCCUCUGUGCCCACAUCAUCUUUGUUGGGAGCAUUGUGAAGGUGAAUGAUUCCGAAGCAGACAUAGCCAAAAAAGCAUUAUUCAGUCGCCACCCUGAAAUGGAAAGUUGGCCCAAGGAUCAUAAUUGGUUCUUUGCCAAAUUCAACAUCACCAAUAUUUGGGUCCUGGAUUACUUUGGUGGAUUGAAAAUUGUGACACCAGAAGAGUACUACAGUGUCAAGCCUUAG